UAAGUAGGAUUUGAACAAAGUUAGGACUUCAAGUCACAUCUCUAGCCAAUUCAAUACUGAUCCCUCAGUAAUUUGCCACGUGCUCCUGUAUUGUGAACUUAGCUUUGUAGUUCUAGAGGCUUUCUAAGUACAAGGAGCAAAUACAUUGUCAGCAAUUUACGGGAUUUUCCUGGAGUAUCUCCGCAAGAUUAUCACACUUCUUAAUCACAGCCAAGAUAGCUUUCAAGCAGAGGACCACAGUUCUUACGUAAUAAGCCAGCACGCCCAGCUGUAACAAGGGAACUCUGAUUCCCAACGAGCAUUGCGGUACUACAACGCCCACGAUGCACCGCGCGAAUUCUCCCCUCUACGUUGGUGUGGGCUGGAGCUUGUAGUUUCCUUCAACGCUUCUCUAGUGACCAUCUUGGUGAGGUAGGAAGUUCGGUGGCUUGGAAGGUGCCUGCUUCUCGCGACGGGUGUCAGGAUUUUGGAUUAUUUUCAAACGAGAAAAAAAAAAGAAAAAAAUCCAGCUCUGAAAAUACCGACGGCUACUCCGUAUUCGGAUGUUGAUAUCUAUUCUCAUUGACUUGCUCUCAUUACGCAAGCCCUCACCUUCACCCUCGCGAUAGGGCGGGAAGGCCAGGGGAACCGGAAGUUACGUGGUGUUGCAUUAUGGCGGCGCGUUGGAGCUCCAGAUAUGAAGAACGGGAACGAUCCCCCCAAGACAGAGAUUACAGCAGAUCAGAUCAAGAAUAUUCAGGACGAGGACAUUCUAAUGAUAGUACCAUGGAAUUGCGAGGGAGGGAUAGAGAAAAACGUAGGGAGAGAGAAAAAGAGAGAGAUUCAGAUCGGAGAAGGUACAGGAAAUCUCCUUCACCAAGCAGAAAGAGUACAGAAAGAGCAACAACUCAGAGCUCAUCUCAGGAUGAGCCCCCAACAAAGAAGAAGAAAGAUGAUGUGGAUCCACUCCUCACUCGCACAGGUGGUGCUUACAUUCCUCCAGCAAAGCUCAGGAUGAUGCAAGAACAAAUCACAGAUAAAAACAGCUUAGCAUACCAACGAAUGAGCUGGGAAGCCUUAAAGAAGUCAAUCAAUGGUCUCAUCAAUAAAGUGAACAUUUCUAACAUUGGGAUUAUCAUUCAAGAAUUACUUAAAGAAAAUAUAGUUAGGGGACGGGGAUUGCUGUCUCGAUCUGUUUUGCAAGCACAAAGUGCAUCUCCAAUUUUUACUCAUGUAUAUGCAGCCCUUGUGGCAAUUAUAAAUUCAAAAUUCCCCAACAUUGGAGAACUUAUCCUCAAGAGGUUAAUUCUUAAUUUUCGAAAAGGCUAUCGAAGAAAUGAUAAGCAACUUUGUUUAACUGCUUCAAAAUUUGUUGCCCACCUAAUUAACCAGAAUGUGGCACAUGAAGUUUUAUGUUUAGAGAUGCUCACCUUACUUCUUGAAAGACCAACAGAUGACAGCGUUGAAGUAGCUAUUGGAUUUCUUAAAGAGUGUGGCCUAAAAUUAACAGAAGUAUCUCCUAGAGGAAUUAAUGCUAUAUUUGAACGUCUUCGCAAUAUUCUCCAUGAAUCUGAAAUUGACAAACGAGUUCAAUAUAUGAUUGAAGUGAUGUUUGCAGUACGUAAGGAUGGAUUCAAGGAUCACCCUGUUAUUUUGGAAGGACUUGAUCUUGUGGAGGAAGAAGACCAAUUCACGCAUAUGCUUCCACUGGAAGAUGAGUAUAAUCCAGAGGAUGUACUUAAUGUUUUCAAGCUGGAUCCUAAUUUUAAGGAAAAUGAAGAGAAAUACAAAACUAUUAAAAAAGAAAUUCUUGAUGAAGGUGACAGUGAUUCAAAUACAGAUCAAGAUGCUAGAGAUAGUGAAGAAGAUGAGGAGGAAGAAGAAGAAGAAGAGGGGGAUGAAGAUGAAGAAGGACAAAAAGUGACUAUCCAUGACAAAACAGAAAUCAAUCUAGUGUCAUUUCGUCGUACAAUUUAUCUUGCAAUUCAGUCAAGUUUAGAUUUUGAAGAAUGUGCUCAUAAGUUGCUGAAAAUGGAGUUCCCUGACAGCCAAACAAAAGAACUUUGCAACAUGAUACUUGACUGCUGUGCCCAACAGAGGACAUAUGAAAAAUUUUUUGGCUUGUUGGCCGGGCGUUUCUGCAUGUUGAAAAAAGAAUACAUGGAAUCCUUUGAGGGUAUUUUCAAGGAACAAUAUGAUACCAUACAUCGCUUGGAAACAAACAAAUUGCGAAAUGUUGCUAAGAUGUUUGCUCAUCUCUUAUAUACUGAUUCACUUCCAUGGAGUGUUCUUGAAUGUAUAACAUUGAGUGAAGAAACUACUACUUCGUCCAGCAGAAUUUUUGUCAAAAUAUUUUUUCAAGAACUUUGUGAAUACAUGGGACUUCCUAAACUUAAUGCAAGACUAAAGGAUGAAACAUUGCAGCCGUUCUUUGAAGGAUUAUUGCCCCGAGAUAAUCCAAGGAACACCCGAUUUGCCAUCAACUUCUUUACUUCCAUAGGUCUUGGAGGUUUAACGGAUGAAUUACGAGAACAUCUUAAAAAUGCACCCAAGAUCGUCAUAGCAAAGAAACCGGAUGUUGAGUCAUCAGAUUCCUCCUCUUCCUCCUCUUCCUCUUCAGACUCUGACUCUUCAGACUCUGAUUCUGACAGCAGUGAUAGCAGCUCAGACUCCUCCAGUGCCAGUGACUCCUCAUCCUCAAGUGACCACAGCUCAGAUUCAGAUAAAGAUGAAAGAAAAAAAGAGCAAAGAAAAAAGAAAAACAAAGAAAUUGAUAAAACAGUUAAGAAAAAGAAAACAAGUGAAGAGAAACACACAGAAAAUAAAAUGGAAAAAAGACAGCGAGAGACAAGAAGUGAAGGGGAGAGAAGAUCAGAAAAAAAUAUUGACCGAAAUUUAAGAGAUUCAAAUUGGAGAGAGAAUUCAUCAAAACAUGGCUCUGACAGAGAAACUACAGAACGAAAUAAUUACAGAGUUUUAAAGGACAAAGAUCAUGAUAAAUACAUAGAGCCCGAAAGUAAAUCUGGUGAUAUCAAGAAGAGGAGAGGAGAAAGAAGAAAUUCUUUUUCUGAAAAUGAGAGAGACAGACACCAAAACAAAGACAGUGAGAAUCAUAGAAGGAAAGAGAGAUCAAAGUCAAGAGAAAGGAGUAGAAAUAAUCCAAAACUCAGAGAUGAAGAAGAUCGACAUUGGAAUGGUACAGAAAAGGAAUCUGAAAAGCACAGCAGACGUUCUGAGCCAUCCCGAGACUCAAGGAGAAAUCAUGACCGACGAAGAGAAAACUCUCCAGGAAGGCGAAAAUAAUACUUAAAUGCCUGACAUUCAGUCUGAACUGAAUUUUUUUACUUUUAUUACUGAACUUUAUUUCAAAAAAAAACACAAAAAAACCUUUGUAUAAAGUACUGUUUUGUAUUAUACAUUUUAAGAAGUUUUCAGUGAAAAGUAUUUUAUAAUCAGUUCUCCCCACCUUCACCCCUCAAAAAAUAACCUUUCCCCUUUGGUUAAAUAUAUUUGAAGAGAACAUUUUCACUAAAGAGAACGUAAUUCUUGCUUUUAUUUUGUGAAUAAAAUUGUCAUACUCUCAUUAA